AUGGUGUUGACGUGUUCUAUGACCAGCCUUUCAAAGCACUUCAUGGCUACUGACGAGAGAGAUGUGACAAUCGUGGAUCCUCUGGGGGUUCUCAACAACCUCAUGAUGCUGACGAGGCAGAUGAGUCUAUCCACUUCGAAACACCAGCAGAGACCCACAGGGAAGAAAUCUCAUUGCUGCUCUGACUGUGGCAAAGGUUGCAAAUCUUCAUCAGAACUUAAAAUACACCAGAGAACACACACAGGAGAUAAACCUUAUAGCUGUGGUCAAUGUGGGAUGAGUUUUACCACAUCUAGCGGUCUGACAUUACACCAGAGAACACACACAGGAGAGAAUCUUAAUAGCUGUGGUCAAUGUGGGAGGACUUUCACUACAUCUAGCGGUCUGACAGUACACCAGAGAACACACACAGGAGAAAAACCUUAUAGCUGUGAUCAAUGUGGGAGGAGUUUUGUUCAAUCUAGCCAUCUGACUUCACACCAGAGAACACACACGGGAGAGAAACCUUAUAGCUGUGAUCAAUGUGGGAAGAGAUACAAAUCUUCAUCAGAACUUAAAAUACACCAGAGAACACACACAGGAGAGAAAUCUUAUAGCUGUGAUCAAUGUGGGAGGAGUUUUGUUCAAUCUAGCCAUCUGACUGAACACCACAGAACACACACAGGAGAGAAACCUUAUAGCUGUGAUCAAUGUGGGAGGAGUUUUACUACAUCUAGCGUUCUGACAGUACACCAGAGAACACACACAGGAGAGAAG